AUGGUGGAGGUGGUCCAUCUUUCGUCCAGUGCGCCACCCAGCCCAGUGAGGACCAGAGUUGGCGCUGGAUUCAGCAUCAAUAGCACAUCGCUACCUAACAAGUUCGACUUUGAUCUUGACAAGUUCGACGAGGACGCCACUCUAGAUUUCAGCAUCGGUAGGCCUACCAAGAAAGCGCGCUUAAGCCCAGAAGUACGGUCAAAAUCGCCACUCAGAAAGCGGAGCUCUGCCACUGAAAAAGCCCGGGUACUCGAAUUCGACUUCUCUUCCGAUGACGACCUAACCGACAUUCCGAGGGAAGCGACUGCCACGAAGUCUAGGAGAUACUCCUCGCAGGGGAGUACCGAUCUCGAGAUUUUAGACGAGAUCACUUACUCGUCCUCCGCGCCAGAGCCACUGUCAUCGAAGAAAACAAGGCAGAUUGGCGUUGAUACUACUACGAAGUUCGUGUUAGAGGACUUCUUCGAUGACGACCUGGGAGAUCCAUCCAUGAGCACAUCACAGCCCGAGCAUGACAGCAGACCAGCAAACCUUCUGCCUUCCCUUCCACAAGAUCCAAGUAAACGUCGGAAAAGGGGAACCGCGAAUCGUGAACCCAACGACAAAACGAGCGAUGUGGGUGAAAAAGUCAUUACCAAGAAUGUGGACGAUAUCGAGUUUUCCAGUCCUGUGAAAGCCAAGUCCUCGAAAUCAUCCAAGCUAUCAGAAGCCGAGAAGGCCGCCAAAGCUGCUGAAAGAGCUGCGCAGAGGGCAACUGCAAAAGCCGACAAAAAGGCAGCCAAGGAGAUCGAAAAGGCGAGAAAGGCACAAGAAAAAGAACAAAAGGGAAAGGAAAAGCAGAAGGCAGCAGACCUCGCGGAAGUCAACAAGUCCCGGACCAACAAGAAAGAUGCGACGCCCGAAAUGAUACUGGAUAUGUCGAGCCUCCUCAAGGAUACCAGUGUUGGCACCCAGGUCGAAAAGCGUAUGGAAAAUGUCCAGGUCGAGGUCAACUAUAUCGACGAGGAGAUCAACCUGAUUGAUGACGGUGUUGGUCAAGAACAGCACGGAAGCAUCAUCACGUGGCGACGCAAGGUAAAGUCGACGUACAACGACGAAGAGGACCAGUGGGAACCAACUUCCAGAUGUCGGGUUGUCAAGGAGAAGCAUGUUUUGAUCCACAUGCCGGCCGGGGACUUUGUCGCUGUGGCUGCCGUCUCGCGGUCUGGCGCGGAGGCUUCUGUCAUGCGAACAGAGGAAGACCUGAAGGCCAACCUUGAUGCACAUGUCAACUCCAUACGGCAACGGUUCGGCGACUGUAUUCCAGUCUAUCUCAUUGAAGGGCUGCGCAGCUGGCUGAAAAAGAACCUCAAUGCAAAGAAUCGAGCAUACACUGCUGGUGUUCGUGCUCAGAUGUUGCAGGCCGAUGCCGAUGCGGAACCAGCUCACUCGCAAGCCAGAAGUCGCAAGCGUAGGAAGCCACUUUCGGACUCUUUGGAUCUCUCACAUGUCACAUCCGACAUCAUUGAUGACCUGCUCCUACACCUUCAGUUGGCGCACCAACCGAUAUUGAUACAUCAUUCACCGACACCGGCGGAUUCGGCCUCUCAGAUAUCUGCCCUGACCCAACAGCUUGCCGUCCGACCUUACCGGCUGGCGCAGCUUGAGUACAACCUCAAGUCUGCGUCAUUCUGCAUGAACAGCGGUCAGGUCCGGACGGGAGACGACGCGAAGGAUACCUUUGUAAAGAUGCUCCAAGAGGUGCAGAGAGUCACUCCCAGUAUGGCAUAUGGAAUAGUUGAAGAGUUCAAGACGAUCAGAAAGCUCGUCAAAGGCUUCGGGAAGCACGGCAAUCUGUUACUUGAAGACGUGCGCAAGACUGUAAACAAGGAUGGCGGGUGGAGUGACAAGCGACUGGGUCCUCAGGUCAGCAAAAGAUUGUUCAAGGUCUUCAUGGGCCGGGACCCUGCUGCAACCGACGGCAUGUCCUAA